CUCCACGGACGAAAGCUACUAUUUCUCCGCAAGUCAAACAGGCGAGACAUUUCACUUCCAACCUGUCUUUGGUACCAUGGCCCCACGUAGGCAUGCUCUCAUGCCAUCUUCUUUACAUUUCCGGAUGAUUUUAGUCUACGACCAGCUCCCGAGGGAACAUGAGAGCCUGUAGCAACUCAACACGUUGUCCGAACUCGAGAACCGAGGCGCCGAGCCCACAGAGGGGCCACAGGGUCUUGCUUGGAGGAAUCCCAGCUGACGACCUCCAUGCAGGUGACCAGUGAUGGACACAGAAUCAGGUCCAACAGAAAAUUCAAUCAAUGAAGAGGUCAACCCUGAGCAAGUACUGAACCCCGCGGAGAGAAUCAUUCUGAGCGUGUUCCUGGCAACACUCAUCAUCAUGACUGUUCUCGGGAACCUCCUGGUCAUGGUGGCUUUGUGCAAAGACCGGCACCUAAGGAAAAAGAAGACUAACUACUUCAUUGUGUCGCUCGCUUUUGCCGACCUCUUGGUGGCGCUGGUGGUGAUGCCGUUCGCGGCUAUUGAGCUGACCACUGGCCGCUGGAGUUACGGGGAGACCUUCUGCCUGGUCCGCACCUCGCUGGACGUCCUGCUGACAACUGCCUCCAUCCUGCACCUGUGCUGCAUUGCUCUCGACAGGUACUAUGCGAUCUGCUGCCAACCCCUGGUAUACAGGAACAAGAUGACUCCUGUAAGAGUGGCUCUGAUGCUGGGAGGAUGCUGGGUCAUACCAUCUUUCAUCUCUUUCCUUCCCAUAAUGCAAAGCUGGAAUGCCAUCGGCAUCGAGGACUUAAUUGAAGAGAGGAAGUUCAGUGGCGUAGCCAACGAGACAAACUGUGUGUUCCUGGUGAACCGUCCGUACGCUCUCAUAUGUUCUGCAGUGGCCUUCUACGUUCCCCUGGGGCUCAUGGUCCUGGCUUACCAGCGCAUCUACGUGACGGCCAUGGAGCACGCCCGGCAGAUCGGGACCCUUCAGCGGGCGGGGUCGGCGCCCGACAGCUACUACGGCCAGGACCACCAGGGGUCGAGCCGCAUGAAGAUCGAGACCAAGGCGGCGAAGACGUUGGCGGUCAUCAUGGGCUGCUUCUGCCUGUGCUGGGCGCCCUUCUUCGUCACCAACGUGGUGGACCCCUUCAUCCGCUACAGAGUGCCCUGGCAGGUGUGGACCGCCUGGCUGUGGCUGGGAUACAUCAACUCGGGGCUCAACCCCUUCCUGUAUGCCUUCCUGAACCGCGCCUUCCGCCGCGCCUUCCUCAUGAUCCUGUGCUGCGGGGACGACCGCUACACCCACCACGGCAGCUUCUCCCGGCCCUACUCCGCCUCCGUUAACGGCACCUCCAUCGCCCUCAGGAACACGUGUUUUGAGGUUCCCUCACCAACUCUUCAGGAGCUGCUGAGGCACAGUUUCAACGGGACAGCGCAGUGCCCCCGCACCCCAUGAGUACACCAAUUAGCUUUUCUUCCGAACCGGAGCAGCAGUGAUAACGGACGACGGAUCCUGUCCAGCGAGAUGGAGUCUCUGGACUCAGUCGGCGGGCCCUAGCGCGGGAGAGCACGGCAGCGUGCGGGACGCCUCGGGACGCGCGCGGAGACGCGCGCGGACACAAAACCCGCAUCCCGUCCCCACAGCACGGCCGUUCCCCCUUACCCCGGAGGAAGAACAUGGCCGUUUGCCUGCAGAGCUGGCACAGCUCAGUUUCUCCCCCCCCCCCGCCUGUGGUCACUCUGUGAACAUCAGAUACUGCAGGACCACGUUAUAGAGGUCAAAGAGAACAUUUCACAUUAGAGAAUUUACAUUGGCCGCAAUGGAAACUACGCCCUCCAUGGGCUCCUGAAGGCCAUCGUCCAAUGAGGGAACACUGUACUGCCAUCAAUUAGACUUGGGUGGUUAUCCUAAGGCAGUUCUUACUUCCUGCAUCCUUACAGAAGUCUACAUCCUCUGAGGGAAACACAGAGAAACAUAGAGGGCUAGUGACACCUGGCCAAAAGAAUACCCCAAUACGACAGACUACUCGAAUAUCGUGCACAGGUCUGAAGGGAUGCACACAGGACAACAGCAGUCGGUUGAAGGAGGCCUCAUUUUUCAGAGGCCACAUUCAGCUGAACGGCAAAAUGUUUGCUUGUCUGUACCACUCAUACCGGGAAGAACAUUAUUGUUUAUAUUCUGUUAAUCAACAUAGCCACUAUUGUUUUGGAGUUGUGGGGGUGGGUGGGGGGGUAGUAUGUACUUCAUGUCCCGGGUCCUGUUGCAUUGCACCCUAAUUUUCAGGACAGGGCACUUUAAACAUGCCUCCACAAAUGUAAAAUUGUAUUUAUCAAUGCGCACCUUCAGCUUCGAAAAUGAGGAGCGGCGAUUACUUUUGUUACUAUGUGACAGCCUUUUUUUUUUUUAUAGUCCGGUUUUUUUGCAUCGUGUUGGAGUGUGUCAUGUGUGCAAAAUUAGUGUGGUUAAUCGUAACUAUGUGCAAGUCGAAGGGAAAUCUCGGGAAAGUGGAACAAAUUGAUAUCUUUGCUUGGUUGAGUUCCUCAUCACCUUGAAUAAACGACUUUCCUCUGGCCCACUUCACGUUGUCGGGAUAAUACAUGGACAUUUAACAAAGCAUCUCCUCCUUUCAGCACACUGCAGAUCCAUUGUGUUCUGCUGACAUCUAGGAGAGAGUUGGUGGAGAUGGCGGAAUAGUAAGCAGCCAUAAUUCUUUUGUUAAGGCACUGAAUUACCCAUGAAAGCACUUAAAUGUCCAAAUCCACAAUUAUGUAGUGUCGGUUUGAAUGAGACAAUUACACAUUAAAGCUUUUUACUAUUCAAGUGCGAGCAGAACAGAGAACAAAGACGGGCAGCCUAUUUUAUGCGUUUUUUGUAAAUUCUCAUCGGCCUUUGUGCCACAGUUCUCAGGUCCACACUCCGAAACGAGUGUGUAAUCAGAGAAAGUGGAAUCUUAAAAAAUUCAGGCUGUAUUCAUAAAGCAUCUCAGCAGGAGUACUGAUCCAGAAGGCACCUACUUCUGAGGGGAAAAUGUGCUUUAACUGACACACAUCCAGCAUUAGUGUGCAUUGAUAUUAAACCUGUGAGAUCAUUUCAAAUGAAGAUGUCAUUGGGAUAGAACGCCUCGUCUGAUCAUUUAAAAUGAAAUGAGGUACAUUUUGAAUUGGAAAUGGCACCUAAUUUAUUGCCUUCUCCACAUUUCUGAAGCCACAACUACAAUGUUUCAGACAUGAAUAAAGGUUUGGAGCCUUGUUUUAAUUUAAUCUGAACUGCGGCCUCCACCAAGUUUCAGAAUCCAUUCAGUACAGUACUGAGGCAGGGCUGUUUACAUGCCCUUCCUUAUCGGUUUAAGUAUUCUAUGCAUCACAUAAGAACGAGAGAUUAAUAAUAAAAACAUAUUCAUGAUUUUUGGCUAAAGUUCCCUUUUAAUGAACCAUAGGAAGACGGCACCAUGACAUUUACAUAUUUAUUUGAAAACGUGGGAAAGCUAAAGACAAAGACAUUAAGAGGUUUCGACAGAAAAACAAAGUACACACAAAAACAUACAAGUGCAGUCAUCUUCAGAUAAGAGUAUUUACAAAGGAGUCAAGAUCUAAACGUUUCUGCGUCCUUU